CUUUGAUAUUAUUUAAAUUAUAAACUAAUGAUUAAUACAAUAAAUCUGCUGUUGCUGUGAGUGGCCAGUUGACAGUCCUCAAAACAACUAAGAGGAUAAAAGGAAAAUGGACUUUACAUUACAUUAACAAGGGAAAAAGGGUAAACAGAUCUGCAGCCAUGACAACUUCAACCCCCCUUCAUUACCUCACUGUGCCACCUCACACUGUAUCACAACUCUCCACAGACAGUGAAGAGUCCAGCGAGGAUGACCUAAGUGUGUCUGAAUCAAAUCCUCAUUGCCUGCUCAAUAUGAAUAACAACAAUGACAAAGAGAGAAAGGAGAAAAAAGAGAAGAAAGCAAAGAAGGAUAUGGAGAAGAAGGAAAAGGAAGAAAGGGAGGCUAAGGAAAAAGAAGAGAGGGAAAAGGAAAAGGAAAAGGAAAAAGAGAAAGAAAAGCAAAAGGAAAUGGACAAAGACAAGCCCAAAGAAUUAUUUGUCAUUAAUCCUGCUGGGAAUUUGUAUUACAACUGGUUGUUCAUCAUCACACUACCAGUCAUGUAUAACUGGACCAUGAUCAUAGCCAGGGCUUGCUUUGAGGAGCUUCAGCAUGACUACAUCAUUUGCUGGGUUAUUCUGGACUACACUUCAGACAUAAUCUACCUGGCUGAUAUGUUCUUCAGGGCCAGAACAGGUUACCUUGAGCAAGGCCUGAUGGUGAAAGAUAAGAAACUGCUACUUGAUCGCUACAUCGAAAGCUUCCAGUUUCGUCUCGAUUUUAUCUCCAUGCUGCCCACUGACGUCCUCUAUUUGUUCCUCGGCCUCGACUACCCGGAGAUCCGCAUCAACAAGCUGCUGAGAAUCGGCCGCAUGAUGGAGUUCUUCACGAGGACAGAAACUAAAACCAACUACCCCAACAUCUUCCGCAUCGGAAACUUGAUCAUGUACAUCCUCAUUAUCAUCCACUGGAAUGCUUGCUUCUACUUCUCUUUCUCCAAAUUCAUUGGUUUUGGUGCUGACGACUGGGUUUACCCGGCUCUGGAUGAUCCUGACAAGCCUGCAUUUGGGGAGUUCGGCAGGAAGUAUUCUUUCAGCCUUUACUGGUCCACACUGACCCUGACUACCAUUGGGGAAACGCCACCACCAGCCCUGGACUCAGAAUUUAUCUUCCAUGUGAUUGACUUUUUAGUGGGGGUCUUGAUCUUUGCCACAAUUGUAGGAAACAUCGCCACCAUGAUCUCCAAUAUGAAUGCUGCCCAAGCUCAGUUCCAGUCCCGGAUUGAUAACAUCAAGCAGUACAUGCAGGUCCGAAAGGUUGACAAGGAUCUUGAGUUGCGAGUCAUCAAGUGGUUUGACUAUCUGUGGAAUAACGGCAAAGCACAGGACGAAAGAGAGGUUCUGCGGUAUCUUCCAGACAAGCUUAAAGCUGAGAUCGCCAUCCAAGUCCACAUGGACACGCUCAGGAAAGUUCGUAUUUUUGCAGACUGUGAGGCAGGCCUGCUGAUCGAGUUGGUACUCAAGCUGCAGCCACAGGUGUUCAGUCCCGGAGACUACAUCUGCAAAAAGGGCGAUAUCGGCCGUGAGAUGUACAUCAUCAAAGAUGGAAAACUUGCAGUCGUUGCUGAUGAUGGCGUCACACAGUUUGUUGUGUUGGGAAGCGGCAGCUAUUUUGGUGAGAUCAGUAUUCUUAGUAUUAAAGGCAGCAAAGCAGGCAACCGGCGAACUGCAAACAUCCGCAGCAUCGGAUACUCAGACCUCUUCUGCCUGUCCAAGGAUGACCUGAUGGAGUCACUGUUGGAGUAUCCGGAUGCCAAAGGCAUGCUAGAGGACAAAGGGCGGGAGAUCCUGAUGAAAGAUAAUCUGAUAGAUUUGGACCCAGCUAACAUCAUGCCUGAGGCCAAGGAGCUGGAAGAGAACGUCAACAAAUUGUACAGCACGAUGGAUCUGAUGCAAUUCAAGCUGAAGAAGAUUCUGGGAAAUUACAAGAACACUGACAAGGCUCUGAGACAUCGCAUCGCAGAUCUGGAGCACCUAAUGGGAGAGGAGGUGGAAGAUGAGGAUGAGGAGGAAGAAGAGAUGAAAAAGGAAGAGAAAGAGGUGGAAGGGGAGAAAAAGGAAGAAGAGGAAAAAAAGGAAGAGAAGGAAGACGAAAAAGAUGAGGAAGCAAAAGACAAAGAAGGAAAGGGUGAAAAGGCAAAAGAAGAGGGGAAAAAAUGA